GCCCUGUUUUGUGGAAAGCCGGGGUCGUCCUUUGAGGUGGUGGCUUGAACAGAACUGGAGCCACCCCGAAGAAGUGGCUCUGACUUAAAUACAGGGGUUGGGAGUUGUUGGGGCAAGACCCCCAUCCUUUUUCGGAGGAACUGGGCUUUUUCGAAGGGAAGAAGCCCUGGUGUUUGCGAGGCUGGGGCGGCUGGAAGCGGAGCUGCUCUCCCUGGGGCUGCGUGUGUCUAGAAAGAUGGAUACCACUAUGCUGAACUUGCGGAAUCUGUUUGAGCAGCUUGUACGCCGGGUGGAGAUUCUCAGUGAAGGAAAUGAACUCCAAUUCAUCCAGUUGGCAAAGGACUUUGAGGAUUUCCGUAAAAAGUGGCAGAGAACAGACCACGAGCUGGGGAAAUACAAGGAUCUUUUGAUGAAAGCAGAGACUGAGCGUAGCGCUCUGGAUGUUAAGCUGAAGCAUGCACGCAAUCAGGUGGACGUAGAGAUCAAAAGGAGGCAGCGAGCUGAGGCUGACUGUGAAAAGCUGGAAAGACAGAUUCAGCUGAUUCGAGAGAUGCUCAUGUGUGACACAUCUGGCAGCAUUCAACUAAGUGAGGAGCAAAAAUCAGCUCUGGCUUUUCUCAACAGAGGCCAACCAUCCAGCAGCAAUGCUGGGAACAAAAGACUGUCAACCAUCGAUGAAUCUGGUUCCAUUUUAUCAGAUAUCAGCUUUGACAAGACUGAUGAAUCGCUGGAUUGGGAUUCUUCUUUGGUAAAGACUUUCAAACUGAAGAAGAGAGAAAAGAGGCGCUCUAGUAGCCGACAGUUCGUUGACGGUCCCCCUGGACCUAUAAAGAAAACUCGUUCCAUUGAAUCCACAGCAGACCAGGGGAAUGAAUCCAUAGUUGCAAAAACUACAGUGACUGUUCCCAAUGAUGGCGGGCCCAUUGAAGCCGUGUCCACUAUUGAGACUGUGCCAUACUGGACGAGAAGCCGAAGGAAAACAGGUGCUUUACAGCCAUGGAACAGUGAGUCCACCUUGAGCAGCAGGCAGCUGGAGCCAAGAACGGAGACAGAGAGUUCCAGCACUCCUCAGGGUAACGGAGGGAUGCGCCUGCAUGACUUUGUCUCUAAGACGGUUAUUAAACCUGAAUCUUGUGUUCCAUGUGGAAAGCGGAUAAAAUUUGGCAAGCUGUCUCUGAAGUGUCGAGACUGUCGUGUGGUCUCUCACCCGGAGUGUCGGGACCGCUGUCCCCUUCCUUGCAUUCCCACCCUGAUAGGAACCCCCGUCAGGAUUGGAGAGGGUAUGCUGGCAGAUUAUGUGUCCCAGACUUCUCCAAUGAUCCCCUCCAUUGUUGUCCACUGUGUAAAUGAGAUUGAGCAGAGAGGGCUGACUGAGACAGGCCUAUAUCGGAUCUCAGGCUGUGACCGGACAGUGAAAGAGCUGAAAGAGAAGUUCCUCAGAGUGAAAACUGUGCCUCUCCUCAGCAAAGUGGAUGACAUCCAUGCUAUCUGCAGCCUCCUGAAAGACUUCCUUCGAAACCUCAAAGAACCCCUUCUGACCUUUCGGCUAAACAAGACCUUUAUGGAAGCGGCAGAAAUCACAGAUGAGGACAACAGCAUAGCUGCCAUGUACCAGGCUGUGGGUGAACUGCCCCAGGCCAACAGAGACACAUUAGCGUUCCUCAUGAUUCACUUGCAGAGAGUGGCUCAGAGUCCAAACACUAAAAUGGAUGUUGCCAAUCUGGCUAAAGUCUUUGGCCCUACAAUUGUCGCCCAUGCUGUGCCCAAUCCAGAUCCAGUGAUAAUGUUACAGGAUAUCAAGCGUCAACCCAAGGUGGUAGAGCGCCUGCUUUCACUGCCAGUGGAAUACUGGAGUCAGUUUAUGAUGGUGGAACAAGAAAACAUUGACCCCAUGCAUGUCAUUGAAAACUCAAACGCCUUUUCGACACCACAGACACCAGAUAUAAAAGUGAGCUUACUGGGGCCUGUGACCACUCCUGAGCAUCAGCUUCUCAAGACUCCUUCAUCCAGCUCCCUGUCGCAGAGAGUCCGCUCCACCCUCACCAAGAACACUCCCAGAUUUGGGAGCAAAAGCAAGUCUGCUACCAACCUAGGACGACAAGGCAACUUUUUUGCUUCUCCAAUGCUCAAGUGAAGUCACGUCUCCUGUUCCUUCCCAGCAUCGACUGACUGAGGAGAGCGCACCUGUACUCUGCUCUGCAGCCUCCUGUACUCAUUACUACUUUUAGCAUUCGCCAGGCUUUUAAUCAAGUUUAAUUGUGCAUGGGGGUUUUAUUAAAACUAUAUAUAUCUCCCUCUCCUCCUCAAAUAACAUAAUAUCAACACCUUGUGCUGUCGUUGUUGGAGCUUUUAGUUGGGAGAUCUGUACAGGGCUAAAAGGGUGGUGUGGGAUUCAUGGGGAGUCUUUAGGGGGCUGGGGGGACAUCCCUUUGGCUUAAAGCCAAAUGUUGCUUAUGGAAUGACCUUUCUCUGGUCAUUUAGAACUAAUUUCCCUGAGACAAUGACAGGAGCCCUACCUCUUGGUAAGACUGACUUGUCUCAGGGUGGGAAGUGGGAGGGCAGGGUAAAGAAAGAUUUGCACAGAGGAUUUGGGAUAGCUCCUUCUGAGAACUUGGAAGUUCCCCUUCCCCCAUUAUGAACUGAGCUAUAACAUGGAGCCUUCAUAAAAGCGGGAUGGGGGAGGACAGAACUAGUGAUGGCAGUAUGCUUAGCUUUAAUUCGGAUUGAUUAGGUUUAAUAGUAUUUAGUGGCACAGCCUUGUAAAAGUGAUACUACAGCUUGUAUUUAUCUCCACCGGGCCUCUGGCUGGACUUUGGGUUUGGUUGGGGGUCAAAGCCAUUUUGUUCUUAAGUUAAAUUCAUUCUGACUCUUGACCUCCCCUUGUCCGUUAGAGCCCCACUUCUAAAGUCAGUAUGCUGUCUGUUUGGCAUCCCAACUAACAAUUACGAGUAGGCUAUACGGGAAGAUUGUCAGUAUUUUGUGUGGCAAGAAAAGCCAGUCAUUUUGUCUUUGCACUUUGGAUGCUGACAUCUCCUGUGGAACAUAGCCACAUCUAGAUAGAUGUAUGCUUUUCGUCUAUUAAAAUUAUUUCUUAUGUCUAUAAAAAUGCUUUCUUCUAUAGAAUGUUUCUGACCCAUAGUGACUCUUGUCUGUAAAACAUGUAUUUGGAAUAAUAUUUGGAAAAAAGUAAAUAGUUUUUUCAAAAUGAA